AUUGUUGGUGGAAUAGAUAUGAUGUCACAAGCACUCAUGUUGUCCAAGAAGCCACAUAUUAUUAUAGCAUCACCAGGAAGGCUCAUAGAUCACUUGGAAAACACAAAAGGAUUCAAUUUAAGAACAUUAAAAUAUUUGAUUAUGGAUGAAGCUGAUAGAAUCUUAAAUCUUGAUUUUGAAAAAGAGGUUGACAAGAUAUUAAAGAUCAUUCCCAAAGAAAGGAAAACUUAUCUGUACUCGGCAACUAUGACCAAAAAGGUAGAAAAACUUCAAAGAGCAUCUUUACAAAAUCCGGUUAAAGUUGAGGUUGCAACAAAGUAUACAACAGUUGAUAAGUUACAACAGAGUUAUCUAUUUAUCCCAAACAAAUUUAAGGUAAGGAAUGAAUCUUUCCUUAUUUCUGUAAUAUAUAGGUUUAGGCAAGCUGUAUACUUUGUCUUGACAUGUGUCAACUGACCAUAACACGGAUGUCCAAUAUCAAAGAGGUACACUAUAAACCAAGGCUGCAUGUCUUGGUCAACCUAUUGGGGUAUGACCGCCAUGUUGUGCGACUUCGUCGCUGUCAUGGGUACAUGCCCCCGAGCAAUACUGCUAGCCAUGAUGACCGGGAGAAAAGCAAUUCAUGGGUUCCUAUGAGUAUGGUGCUCUGCAUGGCGGUCCUUCUGCAGCCUUCGGGCGGCUAGAGCUCCGCAAUUAUGGCAAUGUGUUGAUAGAAAGUGAGUCUGUGCAAAAAAAUAAAUGUACCAUGAAGCAUCUGUUUGGUGGAAAUUAAUGAAAUUCAAGAAAAUGCAGUGGCUUAAGCUAUCUACAGUGUAUCUCAAUUUUUUUUAAUCAUCAAUUUGAUGAACCUUCUGAUAACCUGAAUGAAGGUCAAUCCCCUUAGAUUUGCUUCACUGUAAUUUUACCCCAGAUAUAUCAAAUUACCAAUCUCAGGGU